AUUCCCUCUGUUGGGUGGGUGGGCGGAGGCUGAGUUUUCCACCACGGCUGCACCUGGGCACUGGGAGCUGAAGAGGAAAGCGAAAAUCUUAAGCUGGAAGACCCUGAGUUGUGGAGAAUAGCUCCCGUUGGGAAGGAUGGGAGAUUAGGUGGCGAGGGUCAGCGGUCCCCCCUCCUUCAGGCGCGGAUCCCGGCGCCCAGUUGUGGAACGUCGCGCGCGGGGAGGGGGUGGGUGGGGGGCGGCGGCGGCGGCUCUCGGUGUUGUUAGCUCGCGCGUCGAGCACACGGAGGGUCCGGCGACCGGCGGGCGCCGCAGGCGGCGUUCCCAGUAGUCCGGUGCCUCGGCCGCUGCCCAGAGACGAUUCCACGCCGGAGCCUGUCGCUCCUGGAGGCUCUAGGUGGAGUCCCGGGAGCUGAGGGGGGACCGGCGGCCGCCACCGAAGCAUGAAGACGGGGUAAGGCAAGACCCCCAUGAUUUCACGAAAAUCCAUUCAGAAUUUUCUUUGAAAUUCUAAGAAUACAUUUCUAUUGUGUUAGACAUGACAACAUUAUUAGGAACUUGUUCUCUAAUACCCAGUGGAUGUGAAGAGGAGGAUCUUCCUCAGUUCAGUGAGCCUUCCAUUAUAUGGGGCAAGAGAAGCUCAAAUGGACUAAGUAGUUUGAGUAAGAAGAGAUGGAGAGGAAACAGACAUCUAAAUAAAAUAUCUUCUUGGUUCCUAAUGUGGCUAGAACCCUCUUAUGACUUUUUGAAAAUGGUGGUGACCUGGCACAGACGUUGAUCUCAAGAUGCCAUUAGUGAAAAGAAACAUCGAUCCUAGGCACUUGUGCCACACAGCACUGCCUAGAGGCAUUAAGAAUGAACUAGAAUGUGUAACCAAUAUUUCCUUGGCAAAUAUAAUUAGACAAUUAAGUAGCCUAAGUAAAUACGCUGAAGAUAUUUUUGGAGAAUUGUUCAAUGAAGCACAUAGUUUUUCCUUCAGAGUUAACUCAUUACAAGAACGUGUGGACCGUUUAUCUGUUAGUGUUACACAGCUUGACCCUAAAGAGGAAGAAUUAUCUUUGCAAGAUAUAACAAUGAGGAAAGCUUUCCGAAGUUCCACAAUUCAAGAUCAGCAGCUCUUUGACCGCAAGACUUUGCCUAUUCCGUUACAGGAGACGUAUGAUGUUUGCGAACAGCCUCCACCUCUCAAUAUACUCACUCCUUACAGAGAUGAUGGUAAAGAAGGUUUGAAGUUUUAUACCAACCCUUCGUAUUUCUUUGAUCUAUGGAAAGAAAAGAUGUUGCAAGAUACAGAGGAUAAGAGGAAGGAAAAGAGGAAACAGAAGCAGAAAAAUCUAGAUCGUCCUCAUGAACCAGAAAAAGUGCCAAGAGCACCUCAUGACAGGCGGAGAGAAUGGCAGAAACUGGCCCAAGGUCCAGAGCUGGCUGAAGAUGAUGCUAAUCUCUUACAUAAGCAUAUUGAAGUUGCUAAUGGCCCAGCCUCUCAUUUUGAAACAAGACCUCAGACAUACGUGGACCAUAUGGAUGGAUCUUACUCACUUUCUGCCUUGCCAUUUAGUCAGAUGAGUGAGCUUCUGACUAGAGCUGAGGAAAGGGUCUUAGUCAGACCACACGAACCUCCUCCACCUCCACCGAUGCAUGGAGCAGGGGAUGCCAAACCCAUCCCCACCUGUAUCAGUUCUGCUACAGGUUUGAUAGAAAAUCGCCCUCAGUCACCAGCUACAGGCAGGACACCUGUGUUUGUGAGCCCCACCCCCCCACCUCCUCCACCACCUCUUCCAUCUGCCUUGUCAACUUCUUCAUUAAGAGCUUCAAUGACUUCAACUCCUCCCCCGCCAGUACCUCCCCCACCACCACCUCCAGCCACUGCUUUGCAAGCUCCAGCAGUACCUCCACCUCCAGCUCCUCUCCAGAUUGCCCCUGGAGUCCUCCACCCAGCUCCUCCUCCAAUCGCACCUCCUCUAGUACAGCCCUCUCCACCAGUAGCUAGAGCUGCCCCAGUAUGCGAGACUGUACCAGUUCAUCCACUCCCGCAAGGUGAAGUCCAGGGGCUGCCUCCACCCCCACCACCGCCUCCUCUGCCUCCACCUGGCAUUCGACCAUCAUCACCUGUCACAGUCGCAGCUCUUACUCAUCCUCCCUCUGGGCUACAUCCAGCUCCAUCUACUGCCCCAGGUCCCCAUGUUCCAUUAAUGCCUCCAUCUCCUCCAUCACAAGUUAUACCUGCUUCUGAGCCAAAGCGUCAUCCAUCAACUCUACCUGUCAUCAGUGACGCCAGGAGUGUACUUCUGGAAGCAAUACGAAAAGGUAUUCAGCUACGCAAAGUAGAAGAGCAGCGUGAACAGGAAGCUAAACACGAACGCAUUGAAAAUGACGUUGCCACCAUCCUGUCUCGCCGUAUUGCUGUGGAAUAUAGUGAUUCAGAAGAUGAUUCAGAAUUUGAUGAAGUAGAUUGGUUGGAGUAAGAAAAAUUCAUUGAUAAAUAUUACAAAACUGAAUGCAAAUGUCCUUUGUGGUGCUUGUUCUCUGAAAAUGUUUGGUCAUUCCAGUGUUUUGCUUUCUUUUCCUUAUGAUAAAUAACCUUUUCCUCCAUAAUUUUUGAUUUCUAAGAAAAAUAUUAGCAUACAUUUCAAACUAAAUGUUUUACAGUGGCUUAUCUUUUUUUAUUUUUCCCUGAAAAGAUAAUUUGGU